CUGAGUAACCCAAAGACAGACAGUGAACAAGCUCCGCACAGGCUUAAUAUCACCAGAGAGAGGUGAGGGCACAGAAUCAGUGAGGGAGAGACUUUCCAGUUAACCAACGAAAGGCAGGAAGGACACCAGAUUCUACAGAUCUAUUAUGAAUGGAAAACUUCACGUUUAAAGAUUACACUUGACAUGAAACACACUGAAAGUGGAUUAAAUUUAUCUGCUCAACUGAUAAUAUCUUGUCUGACAAGAUCCCACUGAAGUGAUCAUCCACGAUUGGAACUAGUUUUGCUUUUAUAAUCCUAGAUACAGUAUAUUUAAGCCAUUCUGUAAAUUGUAAGGACUGGACAUGGAUGUGGGGAGACGUAUUCACCUGUUUGAGAGAAUUUGGAUGGUAUUUCUCAUGCAAGUGUUGUGUGUGAGUAGUAGUAAGUUGUGGGAGGUGCCCACCGCCCCCCUCACACCCCAAGCCAACCUCAGUAUGAGGCUGCUUUGGAAGCCACAGUGUCUGGCUCAGCUACGCCAUCUAAAGAACGAGGAAGGAAUCACAGUCACCAUGCCACCCAAGAUGGAGGGCCAUUGGGUGUCAAGCAGGUGUGAGGUACGACCCGGUCCAGAAUUCCUCACUCGAUUCUACACAUUUUACCAAAGCCCCACACGUCUCUUUAGAGCCCUCCAACACUACUAUUCAGACAGUGAUUGCCAAAUCCCAGCCUACUCCCUUGUGAUCAGGGGUAAAUUGCUGCUUCGCCAGGCCUCAUGGAUCACCCAUGGGGCAACAGAAGCAGAGCACCAUCUCCAUAAAGUAGGGAUGGUCAUUCACAGUCAGAAGGCCGUCCAUAAUCUUGCUACUCGCCUGCCGUUUUCCUGCCUUGGGCUUAAGGGUGGUGGACACCUUGUUCUUCAUCGCUUUUAUGAACUCUUCAAUGCCAAAGCAGAGAAAGACUGCAUGGGUGCUCUUGGGUUCUCCAUGAUGGAACUGGAGUUACUGAGGGUGGAGACCCACCACCAUCCUCAUAGCAGGCCUGCACAGGAGCUUUUCUUAGGGGAUGUGCACACAGACUGGAAUGAAAGGGUGCAGUACAGAUCGAUAGGUUACCAGGAGCCCCUGCAGAAUGCAAUGCACCACAUCCACCCAUGCCCAGUUUGUGCCCUGGUAUACCGCGCCUCUGAACAGCAUCCACCCAUUCUUCCCUCAUACCUGUCCAUUCCUCUGGAUCUCAACGGCCACUGGGUGAGCCAACGCUGUGAGACUCGCCCAGCCAUCCUGUUCCUUACUCGCCUUUUUGUCUUCAACGAGGACCAACACACUUGGGAGGGCACCUACCAGCAUUACUCUGAUCCGAGGUGCCUUCAACCCAGUUUUACACUGUUGGCAUCAGGGCAUUAUGCCAGAGCAGGACAGUCUAAUAAAGUGCACGGCGCCACUGAGCUUGUCUUCAAGGUGAUGCGGGCAAAGGUGGUUGUAUUCGAUCGAGCAUUGAUACAGGAAUUCAAUUCAUUGCAAAAUGGAAGUUGUGGGCAGGUGGGUAUGUGGGAAGUGGGUGCUGAGCAAGACAUAACCUGGACGGACGGUUGCAACGUGCUCGGGAUUCGACUUCCGCACAAAGAGUAUGAGUUGUUUAAGAUAGAGAAGGAUCAUAGGGGGCGACCCCUGUUAUUCAUUGGGCAAAGGGCAACGGAUGGAUCCAGCCCUGAUCAACCUGCAAAAAGGCCUACAUCUUUUCAGACACCAAUGGUGCAAUGCAACACAGGGAUUGGGGUGGUGCCACGCAACAGUUUCUACAGUGAUCAUUCAACAGGAUCAAAGACAAGCUCGGCCAAUACACUGUAUUCUUCAUUGAUUCUGCUGUUCAUCUCGAACAUCUGGUGCUGGAAUAUGUUCGUUCUAAGCUGAUCAAUUCAUUUUGGCAAUUCAUGAUGUGCUAAAGUGCGAUUCACAUACACUGUUCCAAUGGUGGCCUACUUACGACAGGAAUCUGGUGCAUUGGAGGGGGAUCAUUGAAUUUGGUGCUAUAAUAAAAUGCUUGCUAAAUAAUUCCAUUGCUGAAAUAUGUCACUUUUUUUUAUCUAUAUAGAAAGAUUUUCAUAAAGCAAAAUGUACAUAGAAUACUCUUUCUAAUCAUAAAGUGUAUCUACAUUAAAUUUAACUGUCUGUCAUUUUGAGUGUUGUUUGGUAUUUUGAAUUACACAGGAAUGCUACAUUGAUACCUGUCAGAGACAUUAUGAGGAGGACAUGGACAAUAGGUUGAAAAAUGGAUGUCAAUAUAGCGGCUGUAGGAAUGAGGAAUGAUAGAGUGCGUCCUCUUUUACAAGCAUAUGCAAUAACUGAACCAGCCUGUUAGCAUGAUAUGAGGGAAAGAUGUAAAGUAUGAUAGCAUUGUUGUCAGAUUAUAUUGCUUAUUUUAAAUACGCUAUUGAAUGCAAUCUUGUACAGGUUUAGAAAUGUUGGGGUUUCCUCAUUCAAGUUGAUAGGAGCUGUACUUAUAUGCCAAAAGCCUACAUAGAAAAUAGCUGCUCUGGGACAUUACCAAGAUGGCCGCUGAGUGGUCUUACUUGCCUUCAAGGGACUUUGCACCGAUUUCAAGCCCUGACCAUUCUGUAAAAACACCUUAACCUACAUUCCAGAAGUUAACAAAGAUGAACAAAUGAAAGAAAUGGAAAGCAUUUCGAGGAAACAAUUUGAGGAGAGCCCAAAUGCUUAUAGAUGUUUGAAUGGAAUUGCAUAUGGUCUACAUUCGGGAUGGAGCAGCUCUCAAGAAUCACGACAUAAUCGAUGCUGUUGUCUUCAAGGCAAUGCAACAUAGCUUAUUUUUGCAAUCUAAUCAAUCUUAUGUAUAUGUAAUCUUUUAACAAUGGUGAGGGUGCCUUGAACAUAUUUAUUGCUACCAUUAAAGUAAUUUUGAUAAGAAACUCCAUGGACAUUUUCUUCAGCAGGUAUCAAAAAACAUAAUUCGGGAUGUAUGAAUAGUUCUCUAUUCGGCCAAGC